AUGGACAUCAAUCAACGGAAUUUGAAGCUGGAGGAUACAAAUGAUCGUAAUAUAAAGCAAAAGUGCUUUCAUGGGGCGAUGCUUGAUGCCGGUAUUGAUAAACUCAUCUCACUGAAAGAAUUUACUGAUGCUUCCAAUGGCUAUCUGGUAAAUGACGACUGCGUGGUUGGAGCUGAGGUCUUCGUUUGUAAAGAAAAAAGAGCAGCCAAGGCAGAGUUUCUAUCAAUGAGCUAUUAUUCUUUUACGUACAAGCAUGUUUGGAACGUUGAGAACUUUUCAAAGUUAGAUGCCAUACUUGACUCGGAACCAUUCACUGUUGGAAACAAGAAAUGGAAGAUAGUGCUCCAUCCUAAGGGAGACUCGAACGGAAAAGGUACUCAUAUUUCUCUUUUCUUAGCAUUGGCUGAUCCGGAAACCCUCCCUCCUCGUUCCAAAACGUGUGUGGAGUUUUCCCUGCGCAUUGUCUAUCGAAUGAAUCGCAAGACUAAUCAUUGUCAGAAAGCUACUAAUCAAUGGUUUGAUGCCUCGAGUCCGAGUUGGGGUUGGUCUCACUUCAUUGCACUGGACACUUUCAGUAAGGCCGGCAAGGGCGAUUUUGUAAAGGAUACUUGCUUGGUAGAGGCCGAGGUCACCGUCCAUGGAAAUUCUCAAAUAGUGUAG